CUUGGGAUAAGAUUCCAACCCGUAGUUAUGGUGACUCAACUUAGGAGAAACGGAAUGCUGUCCGUCCUCGAUUCAGCAGUAGGUUUCGCCAAGAAAGUCAAACUCCUCUGCCCUCCCGUUCCUUUGCCGAACGCACAGGAAGUUGCUAUUGAUGUGCUGAAAAUGUGCUAUGACUGAGAUGCGAGGAUUUUUGCCUCGUUUGAUGCGCAAGAAGAGACGAUAGAAAGAGUCAUGGGAAUGCUUGAAGGAAGACUGCUCGUGCUUUUGGGCAUACUCCUGCUCCCCGCGCCCUGCUUUACGCGUAAAGCGUCGGGCGGCGAUGGGGGCUCGGACGGCCAGAGCACGUUGCCUCACUUCCUGAUGGAGCCCGAUGACGCCUACAUCAUCAAGAGCAACCCGGUGAGGCUCAAGUGCCGCGCUGUGCCCGCCCUGCAGAUCUUCUUCAAGUGCAACGGGGAGUGGGUGCACCAGAGCCAACACUCCUCCCAGGAGUACCUGGACGAGAACACAGGCCAGCGGGUGCGUGAGGUUGUCAUCAACGUGACUCGUCAGCAGGUGGAGGACUUCCAUGGCCCCGAGGACUACUGGUGCCUGUGCGUGGCCUGGAGCCACCUUGGAACCUCAAAGAGCCGCAAGGCCACCGUCCGCAUCGCCUACCUGCGCAAGAACUUUGAGCAGGACCCUCAGGGAAAGGAGGUGCCAAUCAAGGGCAUGAUUGUGCUCCACUGCCGGCCCCCAGAGGGAGUGCCCUUGGCCGAGGUGGAGUGGCUGAAGAACGAGGAGGUGGUGAGCUCGCUCACGGACGACAACAUCGACACGCGCGCCGACCACAACCUCAUCAUCAACGAGGCGCGCCUCUCCGACUCGGGCAACUACACCUGCCUGGCCAGCAACAUCGUGGCCAAGAGACGCAGCGCCACUGCCACCGUGGUGGUCUUCGUAAAUGGCGGAUGGUCUUUGUGGACCGAGUGGUCGGCGUGUAAUGUAAAUUGCGGCCGCGGCAUUCAGAAGCGCACUCGCACCUGCACCAACCCCGCCCCGCUGAAUGGAGGCUCCUUUUGCGAGGGCAUGUCUGUACAAAAGAUCACAUGCAACGCGCUCUGCCCUGUGGACGGUGGCUGGGACGAGUGGGGGGAGUGGAGCACCUGCAGUGUCCAGUGCGAGAGGCAGCGGGCGCGGGAGUGCACCAACCCUGCUCCCCGCCACCGCGGCAAGAUGUGCGAGGGCGAGCCACAGGCCACGGAGAACUGCACAGGAGGCUUGUGUACUGAAAAUCGAAAGCUGCUGCAUGAUGUAAAACCUCAAAGCAUGGAAGGCACUAAUGAUGUGGCCCUCUACUCGGGUCUGGCAGCUGGGGUCAUUGCGGUGGCCGUGCUUGUUGUGGCUGUCACGCUUUACAGGAAGAGCCAGAGCGAGUAUGGAGUGGACGUCAUCGACUCGUCAGCCCUCACCGGGGGCUUUCAAUCCUUCAACUUUAAGACUACCAGACAAGGCAACCCGCUGCUACUGAAUUCCUCAAUGCAGCCCGACUUAACAGUGGGCCAGACCUACAGCGGCCCCAUCUGCUUCCCUGACUCCAUAGACAAGGAGCUCUUUGACCCGCUGCCCGACCUCAAGGUCAAAGUUCAGAGCUCCUUUAUGGUUUCACUAGGUGUGGCCGACCGGGCAGAGUACCACGUCAAAGCGCAGCACAACAACGAGACCUUUCCUGGGCGCGGCCUGGGCACGGGCACAGGCACGGGCACGGGCACGGACCGCGACUGCUGCCACACCCUAGACGCGGCCCGCAAGAAGAACCUGACCCUGCUCUCACACACCGGCACGCUCACCGCCGGCGGAGGUGGCGGCAAAGGACUGCCCAGGACCACAGGUGUCUUUGGGCAUCUGGGCGGCCGUCUGGUCGUGCCAAACACCGGGGUGAGCUUGUUAGUGUCCCACGGGUCCAUUGCGGAGGACACCUCCUGGGAGAUGUACAUGGUGAUAAAUCAAAAGGAAUCCAGUGUGAGAGCAGCGGAGGGCUAUGAAAUUCUGCUUGCGCCAGAGGUGACGUACGGACCGCCAGGGCUUGACCUAUCCUUCCCUGUCGCCAUGACGAUUGCCCACUGUGCCGAGGUUAACAGCGCCAACUGGAACAUCCAGCUGAAGAGACAAACAAAGGACAACAAGUGGGAGGAGGUGAUGUCGGUGGAGGACGAGUCGACGUCCUGCUACUGUCUAAUGGAGGCCAACUGCUGCCAUGUGCUGCUGGACCAGCCGGGCUCCUACGCGCUGGUGGGGGAGGCGCUGAGCGAGGAGGCGGUGAAGAGGAUGAAGCUGGCCGUCUUCGGCAGCGCCCUGCCCGGCUCCUCCACAGACUACGGCCUCCGCGUGUACUGUGUGGACGACACGCCGUACGCCUUUCAGGGAGUGGUUGCGGCGGAGACGAGCAAAGGUGGCCAGCUUCUGGAGGAGCCCAAGAUACUGCUCUUUAAAGGGAACACUCUGAGUCUGCAGGUGUCCAUACAGGACCUCCCCCAGUUUUUAUGGAAUAUCAAACCCUUCACUACCUGUCAGGAGUUCUCCUUCUCCCAAGUGUGGUGCAGCAACCAGCAGCCUUUGCACUGUGCCUUCCUCCUGGAGAGAUAUAGCGCGGCCACCACUCAGCUCUCCUGCAAGAUCAGCGUGCGACAGGUCAAGGGCCACGAGCAGAUUCUGCAGGUCUACACUUCUGUUGCUGAGAGUGAAAAACAGACGGUUCCAUAUUUUAUGCAGGCAGACUGCACAGUCACCUCGCACACUGGGGCCAAAGCCUUCAAAAUACCACUGUCAAUCCGACAGAGGAUCUGCGCCACUUUCGACACUGCCAACGCUAAAGGCAAAGACUGGCAGCUCUUAGCACAGCAGCUUCACAUAGAGAGGAACCUGUCCUACUUUGCGAAGCAGAGAAGUCCCUCAGCCGUCAUCCUGAGCCUAUGGGAAGCUCAGAACCAGGACAAUGGUGACCUAGACUCACUUGCCAGCGCGUUGGAGGAGAUAGGCAAGCUCAAUGCCAAGCACCAGCUCCAGAGCCCAGACGAACCCCACCAAGACUAUAACCAAUGAGGAUCACUUCAACCUAAAACCAACCUGUGUCACGGACAAUAACAAAAAAAAGACAAAACACGAAGAACAAGAAGAAGAAACUACUACAAUGAAACAAACCAACCAACGAAAAAAAAAAACGAAAAUGGUGAAUUAUAAUCCUGUUUGAUGAUGAUUGUCAUUGUGGUAGAGAGGGGAAUGCAAACUCAAUCCCUGCUUCUCCUUGGUUUAGUCGAGCGCUAUAGGGUCAAAGUAAGUCCACUGCAAAAUGUGUCAGUUACCUAAAAAGCAAGCUGUUCAAGUGCUUUGUUGUAUGAGCAAAAUAUCAUCCGUCUGAUUCCGUUUGCAGAUCAAAGGCACUGUAUUCUGUACUACAUGUGAGUGUGUGCGUGUGUGGAGGUGGUAAUUUUCUGUAUUACCACAGGAUGAAUAAAGGAACUUGGUACCAGUCUACUGCGGCCAAAAGAACGUUUAA